AUGGCUGAAGUGUCUGAUACCUCCGAUCCCGUAGUCUUCCGGAAUCCCAUUAUCCGGGGCUUCAAUCCAGAUCCGACCAUCUGCGUGGUCCCGGCUACGGAGUCGGCGCCGACGACAUACUUUCUGAGCACCUCCACCUUCGAGUUUUUCCCGGGAUGUGCUAUUUAUGCUUCCACGGACUUGAUCAAUUGGAACCUCAUCGGUCACGCUUUGACUCGACCGAGUCAAAUCAAUCUCCGGACUGUUGAGCCCGGCGCCGGAGCAUGGGCGAGCACGCUUCGUUACCGGACCGUGGAGAAGCGGUGGUACUUGACCACUUGCCUGUUCCAGCGGUACCGACCGGCGACUGACGAGCGCAUCUUUCCACGGGGAUUUUACGUGUGUACAGACAAUAUCUGGGAUGAUGACGCGUGGUCCGAUCCGGUUUACUUCGACAACCCUGGUUUCGACCAGGACUUGUUCUGGGAUGAUGACGAGAAGGUAUACUUCUCGACGACAGUUCGCAUCGCGAACAGGCCACCUGGAUCAAAGCUGAAGGACUUCGCUAUUCAUGUCUCUGAGAUAGACCUGCCGACUGGUCGGACGCUGACGCCGCCCGUUGUGGUACGGCAGUCACCGCAUGGCAUUGCCGAGGGCUCGCACAUCAUCAAGCGCGGCAAAUACUACUACUUGUUCACCGCGGAGGGCGGCACGGAAGCUGGCCAUCAGGAAUGGGUUCUGCGUAGUACCGAGGGUGUCUACGGGCCCUGGGAAAGCACCGGUCGUCCAUUGUGGUACAAUGGUCCGGAUGAGGAGGUCCAACGCACAGGUCACGCCGAUGUUUUUGAGGAUGGGCAAGGCAGGUGGUGGGCUGUAUUCCUUGGUGUACGUCCUGCUAAGCACCAAGGUAACUGGCUCGAGCCUCAAUUAGGGAGAGAGUCAUUUCUCGUAAAAGUUGACUGGGUCGAUGACUGGCCGGUAUUCAACGACGGAAAGAACAUUACUCUUCUGACGCAAGGCCGGGAUCCUAUUUCUGUAUUAAGUAACGCAGAAGCGGAUGGCACUAUCUGGAAAGCCGAUCUGGAUCGCUCGGAUCUGGAGCUCGGCUGGUAUCAAAAGGGAAAACAAGACGAAAAGAAGGUGGUUGAAUUUGAAGCGAGCAAGCUUACGGUGAUGCCCCCUAUAGGUGGUGCUUUUACCGGAGCCAUGUAUGGUGUCUAUGCUUUUGGAAAAGGGGAACCGGUCCUAGACCCGGCCGACUUUACUAAUAUUCAAGUAACCGAAAUGAAGUGA